ACAGAAAAUCAAAUUGGUGCGGGAUUUCUACAAAUGAACAUGACCAAAAACCCUUUUUCUGAAUAUUAUAAUUGCAGUGGCAUAAGACAAUUUUAAAAGCAGAGUGUACGGAUCGUCAUGAAUGAUGUCAACCACAAAACAACUUGAAAUUGUGAAUGUAUAUAAUAUAACUGCAACCAAAACAGGUUAGAACCGGCAUAUUCCUGGGUCCCAGUUUUGCUGUAUGGCUCAACCUAUCGAGCUUCAACCACAAGCCAUAACCGUGCAGGAACUGGCGGCUAUCAAUAGUAGACAAGUCCCAGAAAGAUACAUCCGUGAAGGAGUUGGAGCCCUUGAUGCCUCUUUCCCAGUGUUGGAUGUUCCUACUAUAGAUCUUCAACUCCUUGCAUCUUCAUCAUCUACCAGUGGAGAUGAACUUGACAAACUUAGAUCAGCUCUCAGCUCCUACGGUUGCAUUCAGGCAAUCAAUCAUGGAAUUACAAGUGCAUUUCUGGACAAACUGCGAGAAGUUGCUCGCCAAUUCUUUGCUCUUCCGUCAGAAGAAAAGAAGAAAUACUCCAGAGAAAUCGGCAGCAUCGAAGGGUACGGGAACGACAUGAUCUUAUCUGAGGAUCAAAUACUCGAUUGGACUGAUAGAUUGUAUCUUAUACUGCGCCCAGAAGAUAAGCAAACACUCAAAUUUUGGCCUGAAAAUCCUGAAUCUUUCAGGGGAAUUUUAAAUGAUUAUUCAACGAAACUACAUGUGAUCCUGGAAGUCCUCUUAAAGGCAAUGGCAAGGUCACUAAACUUGGAGGAGAACCAGUUUUUGCAACAAUAUGGAGACCAAGCAACAAUGCAAGCAAGAUUUAACUUCUAUCCUAUAUGUCCAAGACCAGAUCAAGUUCUUGGGGUUAAACCUCAUGCAGAUGGAUCAGUAAUCACCAUGCUGUUGCAAGACAAAGAAGUGGAAGGUCUUCAAGUCCUGAAAGAUGAUCAAUGGUUUAAUGUUCCAAUCAUACCUCAAGCUCUUCUUAUCAACGUUGGAGAUCAAGCAGAGAUAAUGAGCAAUGGGAUAUUCAAGAGCCCAGUACACCGAGUGGUGACAAACUCAGAGAGGGAGAGGAUUACUGUAGCUGUUUUCUGCAUUCCACAUCCAGAUCAAGAGAUUCAACCAGUGGAAGAGCUCAUCAAUGAAACUCAUCCCAGAUUAUACAAGAAAGUGAAAGAUUAUGUCAGUCUCUACUUUCAAUACUACCAGCAAGGAAGGAGACCUAUGGAAGCAGCACUGAUUUGAGGUUCCCCCAUACUACAUUUUCUUUUGGCUUGUUCUCAGAAGCGGCAUCCAAAACAUUAAGCGAUGAAACCAGUGUGUAAAAUUAUAAGGAAAUAAAGAAACUUCACAUUGAUAUUGAGGAUAAUUUGUAGGGCAAUGGAUGGCUCCUUACUACCAAUUGUUAAGCCCUUCAAGCAAAAUUUAAAUGAUAUCAUCAUCAAGUCUUCAUGUCA